AUGUCACAACAAGAAGCUUUAUCUUAUUUUAUAAGGCAACCAGUUUCACACGAUAUGAUUUGUUUCUUGGCUUCGACUACCGAUUCGAUCAUACAACUGAAGCCAAGUUCAAAUGAAGCUAAUAUUCCUUCUAUUUUUGAAUUUAUAAAAGGAUUGAUAAAACAUUCUAAUGUUCAAACAUCAACUUUGAUGGCGUCUACAGUUUAUUUGACAAAAUUAAGAUCCAUAUUGCCUGCCAAUGUUUAUGGUAUAGAAUCAACAAAGCAUAGAAUAUUUUUGGGAUGUCUUAUAUUAGCAGCCAAAAGUUUAAACGAUUCUUCACCAUUAAACAAACAUUGGACAAAAUAUACCAAUGGCUUAUUAAAUUUAGCUGAUGUGAAUACUAUAGAACGUGAAUUACUUGCAUAUCUAAAUUGGGACACGAUAAUAAAACAAGAAGAUUUAAUAGGAUGUCUGUCAUCAUUUUUGAAACCAAUUCAAGAUAAAUUGCUAUUGCAAUACCACUCAAGAUCGACCUCAAACACAAGUCGUAUAUCCUAUAACUCUUCACAAAAGAAAUUUUACUCAAAUGUACCCAACAAAUCAUCAACAUAUGUAUCAAACUCAUCAAUUCCUUCACUUUUGUCAAAUUCAACGAUAUCUACUGCUGAGUCUCUAAGUUCUAUAUCUUCAUAUAAUAGUAGCAGCUUGAGAGAUAGCCAGAACAAUACUAACAUGGUUACAAUAAGGGAAGAUGAGGAUAAACUAGGAGAUAAUACUAAAGAAAUAUUUUAUUUUAAAAAUCCUGAUAGAUUACCAUUGCAUGAUAAAGAUGUAAAUAUAACUCAAAAAAUGUCAACUCAGAGCACAAGGCCAAUUAUAUUGAAAAGCUCAUUUAGUGAAAAACAUGGUGGAAAAUUCACUAGAUCAGGUUGGCAAUCAAUCUUCCACUAG